AUGAAUGCAUGGUUUUUUAGGGUCAUUUUGGAUCGUGUCUCGUUUUCCUAUUCUCAGGAUGCAGGGGGAGAUGUUCUACAUAACGGCACGCUUCUGUUUCGCCUUCUGUUUGAUGGCAAGUCAGUUGAUCUUUCGUUGCCCUCAGCAUCACGAAAUGCAGAAAAAACUAAACCAAUCUCUUUCAAAUAUCGUAUUCAGGCUCCUUCAUUGAAAGACCUUGCCGCAACGUUUAGUCAACGCAGUGUCUGCUUUCAAAUCAUCUGUCUUAACGCCGUCGAACAACAGACUGACAUGGACGCCCAUUCGAGUCACGGCUCACUGGUGGGAGUUGCUUCAAUAGACCUGCUGUCCUUGGCAAGAAAUGUCACCGCCCAAUAUGAGUUUCCACUGAGAGUUUCCGAUGCGGGUUCUGAAAAUAGAAUAUUGGGUAGAGUUUCCGUGUGCAUUACUAUGGAUCAAAUAUGUGAUUUUAGAAUGCAGUUAAGCGAAUUGCGUGCUUCCGGUCUUGAAAGCGGUGAGUACAAACUACGGUAUGUGCUCUCCUCUAGUACCGUCGAUAUGCGUAGCGGGAUGGUGCGAUCGAAGUUGGGUUCUGUCACAUGGAAUAAUGAAAUACUACCAGAAGUAUUUUUUCAAGGGACGUUGCAGGCAUUGGCAUCGCGUGAGUUUACGUUGUCAGUUCUCAAGUGUGGAGAAAACGGUAGGGAGACACCAAUCUCACUGUUUACCCUCUCUCUUUUGAAAGUACAGACGAACUCGUAUGAAAGUGUGAAGGAGAUUCCUUUUCUUAUCGAGGAUGUCGACUCUCCAACGAUCGUUUCAGGUGUGUUGCGGCUGAGUGGACCGCCAGUUUUUCAGCACUAUAUUCGAUAUGUGUCAAAACCCUCUCGACCCCAAAACAAUGAAGAGAUGAGAAACGAGUGCAAGGGGUCUCUUGAAGUUGCUGCGGUGGGGAAACCCCAUGGUGUGGCCUCUUCAAAUCCAAUUUUAACGCCAGUCUCCGCAUCCGUGGAAACAACAGCGGGCUCCACGGGCGGGGCAAAUCCAUCACUCCCUGAUCUUUCGGAUGUGCCGCCAUUGUCACCAUCGGCCCGGGCGGAGGAUCAGACGUCCGUGCGCACUCCUUUGGAAGAAGCAAUUGAGAAUGAGAAGCCCAACUUGACCCACAGCAAUAGUCAUGCAUCAUCCAACGUCCUCUUUCAUGGGACUUCUCCAAUUCAUGAGAGCGAAGUGAGAAGCUGCCCAAAGCCUUUGGUCGGCAGCACUCCGGCCACUGCGAGCACGCCAACAACAAAUGAACAGGGAACAGGGGAUUGGGGUGAUUCGGUGUCCUCUUUUCCCCUGCGAUCGGUCACAGGAGGGGAUAUUGAAGGGGUAUGUGUGCCGUCGAUUCAGGCUUCGAGCACAAAGGAGGAUGAUGGAAUGGCAGAGGGAGAAAAGCAUCGUGUGAAUGCACUUUCUGCUGACACGUUGCAAGGGGAAAAACUGCAGCAAAAGGGGGUAGAAAGUCAAAAACUCAUGUAUCGCGAGCAUCGUCUUCCGCAAGAAUUAGAUCGCUUGGAUGAACGGAUUGGAAUUCUUCAGGAUUGCUUGCAAAACGCAUGCAUUUUGGUCAAAAACAAGGAACACGACUCCACCGUGCAAAUUGCCGAUUUGGAGCAGAAGCUGUCAGAACUGGACGUGGCUGAGGCAGCCCUCACACGGCUCUGGGACCGCCUCCACGAGAGGUUUAGGCAAUGUACCGAGCAAUACCGCAAAUCCGAACGUGAGUUCUAUGCAUCAAUGAGGCGUCUUGAGGAUUAUGCUGACGUGCUGAUAGAUAUCGAUCGCAGAAUAUCCGCCGAGAUUCAUGAGGACGAGACGGAAAUGCCUGCAGCCGAACGAACCGAAACGAGUUGCCGCCUACCGCACCCUCCGCGUGUACCAAAACCAACGCGGAGGUAG